AGAUGAUUUUUGCCUUACGCUUGUUCUUUCGCUCGUUAGUUGUUGGUUCUCGAUACAUCUAUUUUUAGCAAUUGCGGAAGUUUGAAAGUAACUUGGAGCUCGUUUCAGGAAAAGGAAAGAGGUGGAACCUGAACGCGCACGCCCUCGCUUCUUCUUUGACCCCGUCAAUCGCUCCUUCCAUUUCUGAAAGCCGGACAGCCCCCCUUUCAAUCUUAUCAGAUCAAUCAACCCCAGCUUUCAAGCAGGUUUGCUCUCCCGCCUCAAGAGACGUCAUCGUAGCCUCACUUCCUUGUUUCCCCACAUAUGGCAUUUUACCUGGAGCUUUUGUUCCAAAGUAUAAAUACUUUUUAGUCCUCUUGAAUCCUUUUCCGUAGCUAUACCAUUUUCUUGGUCUCAUACCUCUUAUCCUCAAAUAUCACCAUUCUUGCGUCCUAUUAUAUUCAAGUUAGGGUUAGUUACCAUCAAAAAGCGAAAGCACAAAGAAUCAUGGCCGACAAGACCGUCACCACCUCAAUCGUAGUCGCAGUCAUCGCGGUCAUUAUCGCUGUAGCCUACUUCAGUGGUGCUGCGGACCCUCUGAUUAAGCGACUUAUGAAGUUUUAUUUUAAGGGCAAGGCCAAAGCUGAGGAAAAGGCUCUCGAAACUAUGGGCGAAAACAAGGCCUCCUACUUUGUCAAGGGAAACAUCAAAGACGCGAAGAUAACUGACGAUAAGAAUGUCAAUGAGUUGCAAGGUGGGAUUGCUGAAGGAGUCGGCGGUGGAGUCAACAAUCCCUUGGGAAAGAACCUCGGUGAAGGGCUUGACAAGGUCGUUCGAGGUUAAUGAAUAUUUUACUUGGCAUCAUCUUCAUCUUCUUCUUCACCAUGAAGCAAAUCUGAUCGGAAAAGCAAUGCAAGCGGAAAUGUCAUAAUGUCCCAGUAUGGAGCACAACAUCAUUUGGGUUCGCUUAGGAAUUACGAGACUAAGAGCAAUAUUUUGAUUGUCUCACUGAUUUUCUUUUAUGUCCUGUAGGAAAGAAAAAUAACAUGUUUCUCGAUGACC